AUGGCGCACCGCGAGACAGCACCGUAUGCACCCCAGGACCCGCACGAGAUCAAGACGCUCAUCCAAGCUCUUGAAAGCCACAAAGGGAAGAAAUUCAAAGGCGGGGGUGGCUUCUCCGUUAAGAAAGCUACGUUCAAGCUUCCAACUGGCCGGUCCGUCGACUCGUGGCGAAUGAACGAUUGGGACUAUAAGAAGCCCAAUCUCCCCACGUAUGCUCGUGGUCUCUUCACAUACAGGACAAUGGAUGGCAAGGACGAGAUUGCUGUGCGGGGUUAUGACAAGUUUUUCAACCAUGGAGAGGUCAGGAAGACGGAGUGGAGGAAUGUAGAGAGUCACACGCGAGGCCCGUAUGAGCUGAGUGUGAAAGAGAAUGGAUGCAUCAUUUUCAUUGCUGGCCUGGACGACGACACGUUACUGGUGUGCAGUAAGCAUUCGACAGGUGCCCGGGGAGAUGCAGAGCUGAGCCAUGCCAUUGCUGGAGAGCGGUGGGUCGACAGGCAUUUGGCGCAGGUGGGAAAGUCAAAAGUGGAUCUGGCCAGGACGCUCCGAGAAAUGAAUGCAACAUUGGUUGCGGAGCUGUGCGACGAUGAAUUCGAAGAGCACGUUCUCGCGUACACCCCCGAGCAGGCUGGGCUGUAUGUCCACGGUCUCAAUCUAAAUCUCCCAGACUUUGCGACCUACCCUGGACACCUAGUCGACAAGUUCGCCGAUGAGUGGGGCAUGAAGAAGGUCAUAUAUGUUAUGGAGGACGAUGUCACCAAAGUGAAAGCUUUCCUGGAUCAGGUCGCCGAGACUGGCAAUUAUGCUGGACGUGACACUGAGGGCUUCGUCAUCCGAUGCCAGGCUCGGGACUCCGACAAUGCCCCGUGGCAUGACUGGUUCUUCAAAUAUAAAUUCGAGGAGCCGUACCUGAUGUACCGACAGUGGCGAGAAUGCACCAAGGCUAUGAUUGCUGGAAAGGCUCCGCGAUACAAGAAGCACGAGAAGAUCACCAAGGAAUAUUUGGACUUUGCCCGACGACAGUUUAUUCAGCAACCUGGACUAUCUAAGCUUUACAAUAUGAAUCAUGGCAUCAUCAAACUGCGUGACGAUUUCCUAGCAUGGCAGGGAACGACUGGCGCAGCUAUUAUUCGACAAGAGAGGGAAAAUGGUGAGGUUUCCUCCAAGGACGCAACACGCAACAUCGUUCUCGUCCCUGUUGCUACAAUCGGCUGUGGAAAGACCACUCUGGCUCUCGCGCUGGUGAAAUUGUUUGGCUGGGGCCACUUCCAAAACGACAACGUUACGGUCAAGAAAGGCCGCCCCCAAAUCUUCGCCGAUUCCGUCAUGUCGUUGCUUGCCGCAAGCCCCGUUGUCAUUGCCGAUCGAAACAACCACCAGAAGCGUGAGCGAGAUCAGCUCCUAUGUGACAUUUCCCGCGUGCUCCCAGACGCGCGCUUCGUAGCCCUGCAUUACGUCCACGACCGCUCCAACUACGACAGCAUCCGUCAAGCAACUCGCCACCGCAUCUUCGCUCGUGGCGAUAACCAUCAAACGAUUCAGGCUGGUUCAAAGAGCCAGGAUGAGAUCCUCGAGAUCAUGGAGGGAUUCAUGCAUCGCUUUCAACCAAUUGAUACGUCGGACUCUCCCGAUGAUGGGUUUGAUCUGGUCAUUGACCUCGACCCUACGAUCGACUCCCGAGAGAAUCUCGAAGUCAUCGUCAGUAAAAUGUCUGAGACAUACCCAAAGCUGUUCCAAGGCGAAAUGCCAAAUGACACUGACCUCGACGCUGCCAUCGACUGGGCUAUGAACGACUACAAACCCGACCUCAAAAUGGAUCUCUCCCGCGGUCGCAAUCAGCCCCAAUCCCAAUCCCAGUACCAGAACAAGCGCCAUACCCAAAAUCAACCCCAAUCUUCCCAAGAUCAUAAACCAAAAAAAGCCCCCAAAAUGGAGUACUUCUCCGUGCGCCUAAACACGCAACGUAUAAAAUCUAUCCUCGACUCUAGCUUCCGCGACACCGAUGCCCAGACAUCACGUUUCUACCGCCAGUUGACACAAGCCAGGCGCGUGCAGCCGGAAUUCCACGUCACGCUUAUCCAUCGCGCAGCAGUGGCCGAGGCCGGGAAUAUGGGGUAUUGGGAGAAGUUGGUGGUGCUACAUGAUGCCAUCAUGCAGCAGACAAACCUAAACAGCUCGCCCAGCUGGGAACCCGAACUCGGGAAAUGCAGCGUCCAACUCGAGCGUAUCGUCUGGGAUGACAAGAUUAUGUGUUUCGUAGUUCGGCUCAACGGCUCUGCUAUCGUGCCUCCGGCUAUUACGACAAGUUCGGCUGAGGGGGCGGAGUUGGAAAUGCAGGAGAUACCGUUCCAGAGUGUGAAUCCGGUGGCUCAUGUGACGGUCGGGACGGCGAAUCAGGGGAUUAAACCGAAGGAGAGUAAUGAUUUGCUUCAGCGGUGGUUGCAGGGGGGCAGUGGAGAAGGGACAGGGGUCAGGGAGUUGGUGGUUAAGGGGAGCAUAGUGCUUGAGGGGAGUGUUAGGGGGGUUUUGGGGAGGAUGAAUAGAUGA